CUUCAUACCAGUCGGUCGCUCACAGCGCACAGUGCGACGAGCCGAAGUGUCAAGCACCGAAGGCAGCUCAUUUCACACAGCCGCGAAGCAGAAAGAAGCCCAGCCCUGGAUUCAAUACUUUUGAUAAAUGGACAGAGCCCUCUCAACGGCCAGUCGAGAUACCAGCACGCCAUAAACAGCACAUACUCUCUGGCCGGUGUUCCCCCCGCAGUGUGGAGGGGGAUGGAGCGUGGAGGAGGAGAGAGCCCUCGUCUUCGGGACAGCCCUGAGUGCCAUGCUGCCACCAGCCCGGACCUCACUGGCCCCCCAGCGGGGAAGAUGAGCCGCCUGGAGCUCAAUGGCAGCCCCACCGGGCACCGCAGUCGCCACAAUGGGGCCCCACAGAGACCCCUCGGAGCAGGCCUGAUGAUCCCCGUGUUCUGUGUGGUGGAGCAGGUGGAUGCAGGGAUGCUGACGGAGGGGGAGAGCAGAGAGGAACAUGCCGAGUUCGUCCUGGUGAGGAAGGACAUCCUCUUCACGCAGCUGGUGGAGUCGGCGCUGCUCGCGCUCGGCUACUCCCACAGCUCUGCGGCGCAGGCGCAGGGUAUCAUUAAAGUGGGUCGCUGGAACCCGUUACCCAUCCACUGCCUGACGGACGCCCCGGAGGCCACUGUGGCGGACAUGCUGCUGGACGUCUACCACAUGGUCACACUGCGCAUCCAGCUGCAGAGCUUUGCCAAGCUGGAGGACCUGCCGUCAGAGCAGUGGAACCACGCGACGGUACGCAAUGCCCUCAAGGAGCUGCUGAAGGAGAUGAACCAGAGCACGCUGGCUAAGGAGUGCCCACUGUCCCAGAGCAUGAUCUCCUCUAUAGUGAACAGCUCCUACUAUGCCAACGUCUCCACUGCAAAGUGCCAGGAGUUUGGCCGCUGGUAUAAAAAGUACAAGAAGAUUAAAGCUGAUUACUUUGAGAAGAUGUGGCCAGCACGGGAGAAUUCUGAAAUUAAAGUGGAGAGGGAUAGCCUGGUGGACUUCUGCGUACUGGGACAGCGACCUCCCCCUCAUCUUGCUGGCCUGGCUCAGCUGGGCCCUUUGGCCAGUGCAGGCUCCCUCGUGAAGGGCACUUCUGGAGAAGCUCAGAACUCUUCCCAGCCUCAGCCUCCGUCGCAGGGGCAGCCUCCGCCGCCCUCGUCCCACGCCAGCCAGCUCCACCAUAGUCCACCGCUUCGGGCCCAGGUGGCACCCCCACCUCCGCCCACUGCCCUGCAGCCUCUGCUGGGACCAGGAGGUCUCCUCUCGCCCCAGCUCAGCCCACAGCUGGUGCGGCAGCAGCUAGCCAUGGCCCACCUCAUCAACCAGCAGCUGGCUGUCAGCCGCCUUCUGGCCCACCAGCACCCGCAGGCUCUCAAUCAGCAGUUCCUCAACCACCCACCCAUUCCACGGCCGGGCAAGUCUGGAGGACCUGGAGAGACCGGAUCGAACCCUUCAGCUGCGGAGGUGUCUUCGGACAUCUACCAGCAGGUCCGCGAUGAGCUCAAGAGAGCCAGUGUCUCACAAGCUGUGUUUGCCAGGGUGGCAUUCAACCGCACACAGGGCCUGCUGUCAGAGAUCCUGCGGAAAGAGGAGGACCCUCGGACGGCCUCUCAGUCCCUAUUGGUCAACCUCAAGGCCAUGCAGAACUUCCUGAACCUGCCCGAGGCUGAGAGGGACCGCAUUUACCAGGAGGAGCGCGAGCGCAGCAUGAACCCCCCAGUGGGCCUGCCCCCGACCUCCAAUUCCAACCCCGGGGGGAACCGCCUCUCCCAGAAAGUAUGGGAGCGCAGUAUGGACGAACAGUUGGCCCCUGAUGCCUGGGCAUCGAUUUGGAAGAAUAAGACCAAAAUCGCUAACUCGCCCAAACCUUCCUGCCCAAACCCUGACCAUCCGCUGAAGCUAGAGUCGCUGGUCAACAUCACAUCGUCCAUCUACGACGAGAUCCAACAGGAGAUGAAGCGGGCCAAGGUGUCUCAGGCUCUGUUCGCCAAGGUGGCAGCCAACAAGAGUCAGGGCUGGUUGUGUGAGCUAUUACGUUGGAAAGAGAGUCCCAGCCCAGAGAACCGGACACUAUGGGAGAACCUGUGUACAAUCCGCCGCUUCCUGGCGCUCCCACAAGCAGACCGGGACCUGGUCUACGAGGAAGAGUCCCGCCACCACCACAGUGAGCGGCUGCACACCGUCCUGCACCUGCCCUCUGACCCGCAGGUUCUCCACAGACAACCUGUGGCACCACUGAAGGACCACUCACCCAUGCAUGAGGACCCAAUGCCCAACUCUGGGAUGGAUGAGAACCCUCCGACUGGGGCUGGUAGUGGUAACACUGGAGGAAGUAGCAAUGUUACCAAAAAGCCUCGCUCUCGAACCAAGAUCUCACUGGAAGCUCUGGGCAUUCUACAGAGUUUUAUCCAGGAUGUGGGGCUCUAUCCUGACCAGGAGGCCAUCCAUACCCUCUCAGCCCAGCUGGACCUGCCCAAGCACACCAUUGUCAAGUUCUUCCAAAAUCAGCGCUAUCACGUGAAGCAUCAUGGCCGGCUGAAGGAGCUUGGAGUCGAGGGCGGCGGCGUGGACGUUGCCGAGUAUCGAGACGAAGAGCUGCUCUCGGGCUCAGAGGACGCGGAGUCCAGCGAGGAUGGCCACGAGGAGAUCUACAGCGGACAAGAAGCUGGCUCAGCGGGAGUGACCGCUACUGCCUCGACACCAUCGUCCACCUCCAGCCAAGAGAGUAAGGACAAGGGUGGGUCUCUGGGCUCAGCCCAGCCCUCCUCUCAGCUUCCGUCCACUUCCUCCCCCAGCCACCGGGACCAGGCCGAGUACCAGAGAUAAAGCACUUCAACCAGGGAAGAAGAGAGGCAAGUUGGGGUAGGGGACAGUGGAAGGUUUGCAUUUACUUGUGGAACAGAAUAAAUUAUCACUGAGACAGAUGCAUUCUGAAAGCAGGCUUAAAGACUAAAAGAAAUAAACACAGGGUCAAAUGAAGACUUGCUAAAGGGAAGCCAAAAAGGACAAGAUUACAGUAUAUUAGGAUACUGAUUAUAGUGGAAGCAAAGUGUUACCACAAAACGGCAGAGGAGGGGAGUCACGAGCCCUAGGAAAAAGAUCAAGUCCCAUCAGGCGCUGAAAGCGAUAUAAUGAAGGAAGCCUGAUUUUAUUGGCCAGAAGCAAAUCAUUUUUGUUUAACAAGAACCUGAAAUUAAAAGUAAAUUCUCCCAAACUGCCCAGCUGUCACUUUUCACUCCUGCUUUCUGUUAAGAAGGCAGUAAGCCAUGGUAGGAAAUGAUAAGCCAAGCAAGUUUGUCACCAGGUCUCUUAACAUUUUCUGCAAAGACUCCUUAAUCUCUGACCCACAAUCCAGGCAGUCUGUCAUUAGAGACCACUGCCUCACCAUCUGUCCUCUACAGCGUUCAGAGUAAUGACAGACGCUGAGCUUUAGACGAGCUUUAGAUGAGCGCUGGAGCUCCAUAGGAGCCCACGCAUCUUUACUCUUCUGCCUGAUUAAGGAGCCUGGUGGGCGGUUGUGGCUUUGCCUCCUCCUCCCCUCCAUGACGGGGCAUUCUUUUUGUCUCCAAGAGGUGGCUGCGCUUGGCCAUUUAAGCGGGUAGUCGGCUGGGUGGGUGGGUUGGAGGUAAUGAUGAGGGCUGGAGUGUAUACAUUAGCCUAGCCCAUCAAUUCCACUGUAAACACAUGUGGUGUACUGAAAGGUCCACAGUUAGCCUAGUAGGCCCUUUGAAGAUCAUGCCAUCCUUCCCACUAACAACCGCAUCAUUCCGAACAGGCCAGCGUGGCGGGAUGACCAAGUCGCUUUGCCCUGGUACACAUCCACGCCUAACACAAACUCUGCUCAACACCUCUGUCUGUCAGCGCAGAACGUUUUUCAGGGUGUGCUCGUUUUGUACAGAUACGUGUAGAAGAGACAUCUUGUCCCCAAAAUCUCUUUGCUCUCUUGCACUUAAAAGCCUAGUGAGCGUUGAGAGAAGGAUGCGUUCAUAGGAACAGUAGGAGUUGGAGAGCAGCGUGAGUGCUUCAGCCUUCGGCCAACAGGGAAGCAAUGGAUGUCAGCCAGUUGGUCCACAGCCUGGCCUGCAGCCCAUCCUUCUCCACGGUCUCGCUCUCUUACUGGUGCCCAGUGUUCCAGUUUCGAACUGCCUACCCACACUUUACUCCACAUCUCUAUUUAUUGCUAUCUUUAUUCACAAUUAUUAUUAUUAUUAUUAUUAUUGUUAUUAUGGUUGUUCUUGCUGUCAUUGCUGUUAUUUUUUGGUUGUGAUUUUUUUGUUUGUUUGUUUCAUGGUCUAAAAUCAGCUUUUGGCUCAAAGAUGUUAUUUUGGUAAGGACUUUACAAAAGAGGGGAGCACUGCCAAAACAUAGACACAAGAAUUAAAAGCAGUUACUGACCUUACUGAGCGAGCCCUGUGAUGUUGUAUACUGCCAGUUCAAGCUACACCAUGUACUUUUCCAAGAGAAAGGCAAUUGGUGGACCUGGAGUUGAAUCCAAAAAUUUUUAAGAAGCAUAUGGUAAAUUUCCUUUUUUUAAACAAAUAUUGAAAAUCCAUCUUUUUUUGUGAGCCAAUCGAAACUGUAUCUUAAAUGGAAAUGUGUGUUCAUUCAUCUCUGGAAAUGGACUUGUAUACAAACCAACAUGGCUGUCAUGUUGCGAAGCCUUUGUGGAUACCAUAGGAACUUGGAUCCGGGGUCCUGAUUUGCUUUUUGGGAAUCAGCUGCUACCUGCUCAUUUCUGGAUAACAGAGUAACCACCAUUGUUAACCUUACACUGACUUAUUUUUUGUUCAUGAGUUGACGUUUACGGUUUUUGUAGAUAUUUUGUCUAUUACAAAUGGAAAUAUUUUCUUUAUGUCUUUCAUGUGCAAAUGCUCCUAAUGCAUCCCUCCAAAGCAAAAACCUUCCACACAAAGACAAAACACAUGCAGUACUUUCAAAAGAUGUCCCAAAAUAAUUCAGUUCAGUUCCUUGAGUUGUCAUAACAACCCAGACAUUUGAUUUUAAGCAGCUUUAACAUGUUUCCAGUCACAAAUACAUUUAAAACUUAAAAAUCAUUUUCACUCUGCUGUUGAUAACAUUGUACUGUAAUGGGGUCUUCCCAGACUCAUGACUUUCUACAGACUGACCACAGCCUCCUGGCCAGGAGUCCUCUGUUUCUCCAGGUUGGCUGUGCAGUGGUACUGUGGCUGGCCCACGUUUGUCAUUCCUGCUCGGAGGCUGAGCUAAAGUCCCCAGGACUCCCAAAUGAUAGAUAUUCAGGACAACACUUCACAUGGAGAUACUGGAGUACACUGCGUUUCACACCCAACACGCUGGGAGCCUCAGGCUACAGUGUUAGGUGUGAAGCUUCAGGCUAUUACUUCUCUAGCCAGUGAUCACUUAAACAGCAGCUAAUGCCCAUUGACACCUAUUGUAGCCCAUUACUGGUUUAACAUUAGUGGUUUAGUACCUGUCUGAUCUGCUGAUAGACGCGUGUGGAAGAUGUGGCUCCAGAGCAAAAUUCUAUGGCUGUUUGUUGUGCCCUGUUUUAUGGCUGGGCUGGUAAAGCUGAUCUUUGCUUUGAAUUCAUCUCAAGACUAAAUCAGAGCUUAAUAUGCUGUGAUCACUUAACUCAUUUAAAAAGUACAGUCAUUUUAAGCUGUACCUCUCUGCCUCCAGCCUGGCUGGCAACAAGACACACUAUCAGAAGACAGCCUAAGUUAGCCCAAUGAGUAUGGAUUACCUUGCAGUCGGCUAAUGCUCAGUUACAGUCAAUAAAUAUCAUUUUAAUAUUUCAUUUCAGGUUUGAAUGGAAAAUUCUAUAUAUUGUACCUUUAAACUGAUGUUAAAUCUGAAAGUUGCUGGUCUAAGGACAUCCUAAAAAGUUUAGAAUACUUGGAGCUCAGGAAUUGCAAGAGCAGGACAUGUUUUGAAUCUCAUCCUUAAAAUGUCAGAUAUCUGCAGGCUUUGAUAAGGGUGUCUAAUAACACAGAACUGAUUGUAAGCUGGAUCUAAACCUUACUUAAGCCUGCCAAUCAGCCAUCACCCUGGGACACCAAAGCUCAUCCCUACCAUUUACUCUUCCCACCCCUUCGUGCCCCCCUGCUGUGCCCAGAUCAACCUGAGACAAGCAGCUCUGAUGAGUCCAUUCCUGUUCUCCUCCCAAAUUAUCCACAGUCCUGGUGAGACAAGUGCAUGUACGCGCGAGACUGGUGUUUAACCUGCCGCAGGGGUGGCCUCCCACACCCUCCGUUCCUCCACCUCCUCCUCCCCUCCAUCCCACACCUCGUUGGUGCCGAAGAAAACGAGGUGAAAAACAAAGACGGUUCGCUGAGUCCCUGAUGAGCGACAGGUCGGGGUCACUCGCCAAUUACACACCUCUACGUGACAGGAGCCCCAUCUCUGCCUUUUCAAUUUUUUUCGCACUUUGUCUCAUUUUCUCCUUUCCCAGCUGGGAAGACAAUCACUCUCACUCGCGCUGCGCUGUCAGGGUUAAUCGGAAGUGAUCAUGUCCCCUUGUGGGGAAACAAGUGGUUCUUAGAGAGCGGACGCUCCUCUGCCGCGAAGACGCCAGAGGGCCGCUCAACACACACACCGCAGUUCUUUUCACUUUUUGGAGAAAUUAUCUUUAAUGAUGGAAUGUGUCACAGUAAGAAAUAAAGACUUAAUCCCUGUGACAAGGUUUCUUCUCACAUUUAUCUAAAAAUGUCAUUACAGAAACAUAUACACACAUCAAAUUCUGUGACUGUAACGUUUGUUGCAACUGGGAUUCUAAAUAUUAAUUUCACAUGCACACAAGGCAAUGAUAUACCCGUGAGCAAAGACUACAAAAAAAAUCCAUGUUUUUUUUUUUUCAUUGACCUACAAAUAGGUUUUUC